AUGCCCAGCUUCUUUCAGUUCACGCAGGGCACCGAGUCGCAUGUCCGUCCAAACGACUCGGCCCCUCUCCUAGGUCGCUUUCGCGCUGUUCCUCCUCGCCCGGGUGCUGUCGCUCGUCGGCGCAGCCAGCUUGGUCUCUUAUCGACUGCCUCUGAUAAUCGAGGCAGCGUGCAUAUUCUUGGAUACGGUGCCUUUGAUGCGCAUGCCGACGGGGACACGGACGAUAGCGAAUAUGACUUCGAGGACGAUCGCACUAUUUGGCAACGAGCAUGGCAACGGUGGGUGUUGGAUAUCUGGGUUCAUCCGAGACAGUCGGCGGUAAAGAGGGUUGUUGAUAAGUGGUGGACUCGGUAUGCAUUUCUGGUGUUGAUGCCAGCUUUGUUAGCUGUUGCAUGGUGCGCGAUUCCAUUCCCUCAGUAUAAAAUCCCCGAUGAGGACUUUAUCGAUGGAGACGAGGAUAGUCUUCCGAAUGGACGUAAGGUGCCCGGCCAUGGAGCUGCACGAGUCCAAGUCAACUUUUGGUUCUUUCUCUUCGUCUAUUACAGCUUUUACAACAUGACGGCUCUUAUAUGGAUCACAAAAGUCUUCAACCUUUACAGCCUCAACUGGUGGCCACAAUCCCUCGGCUUCCCAGUUACAGUUUCACUCAUCGCCAUCUUAUCCAUCGCUUUGCCUAUCCCGAUUUAUUACAACGAGGACUUGCGCGAUAUUCUUCUUCACAACACAGCCUGGAUCUCCUGGACCUUUAUCAUCAUGGCGCUGCCCGUCACGAUCGCCUUCAUUAUUCUUACCACCAAUGAACGUCACAUCGGUCUCCGUCAUUCUCUAUCAGAAACUCAACGAAUAUUCACCACAUCAUGGUGGACCGGAGAGCCGGACACGUUCAACGGUGGCAGGGACCGUCGACGUCGAAACGUUACUGCGGAUUUGUUUGAAACAGAUGUAAUUCAAGUUGAGCCCGAGUUGCGGCCCCAAGACAUUAGGAUGCGCAGACGGUGGCUACCAGCCAGCUUUGUUCGCUUCUUGUGGUUCUGCGUUGCUCUCUUCAUUGGUCUCAUGGCUUAUGUGAUCGGAGAGGCAUAUGCUGAGAUUUACCUCCGGACGUUACCACACAACAACUUGGAAACAGUGGUCUACGUUUACGGCUGGGUUGCCACAGUUCAUCUUUUAGACGCUUUGAGUGGCUGGGUUCUUGGUAUUCGAGAGGGUGAACGCGUUGGAAGUUAUCCUUUGAGUUGGAUUUUUAAACUAUACUUUAUGUUGACUUACCAGAUGUACGUUCGGGCACUAUACGCCCGACUGCGUUCACCAAAACAGUUCAUCACCCUUCAGAUCAUGUCGUCAACAAGCCUUGUUGUCAUCACGCCUAUAAUGAUGACUUCUUUCAUGCACAAGACUCUGACACUGCUGGGACUCAACGCACAGAGUUUCGGGUCGUACCAGAAGCUCCAGACUCGCAAUAUUUUCAUUCGCUUCCUUGCUGAGAAUGUUUCCAUGGUUGCAUUCCUGGGAAGUAUUCUGGUGUUGCAUUUUGGCGCCAACAAAGACGUAUACCCAUAUUUCGCUUUUGACACAGAAGGCGACGAAGAGUACAAUUUUGGGCUCACAUUCUAUGCCUCGUCCGUAACAUGGGCGUGCGAGCUGGUGGCCAGUGUUGCUGUGCGAGUCCUCAUCCGAAUAUGCUUCCAGAUCGAUGUUGGACUUGAAGGGAAACUCGACUUGGCUGUCUGGCCGGAGCUGAUGCCAACGUGUGUGGCAGUCAUGCUGCAUGUAUUGCAAAACAUGUUGUUUUCAAUCAUCCGCCUCCAGUUCCAUUGA